AUGCCCAACAGUAGGCGGGGUCGAUUGUAUACUGUCAUCAGGACCUCGGCACUCCAUCGACGCACAGAGGAUGUUUCCCGCCGGCACUGGGGUGAACCACCAAGCUUCUAUCUCUGUGCCAAGUACACUAACUAUCCUGUCGGCGUUCACGGACCGCCCGGCCCUUGCGGAGUAAUUUCCAUUUAUACUGACCAUGGCCCGAGGAAACGGAAACCCGCGUUGCCCCGAGCUUGCGGCCCUCACGGUACGGAACGAAUCUAA